UGCGAACACCUCUGCAUCUUCUUCCUCUUUGUACCAAACCAGUUCUUCUUUGCAAGCAUCAAUCUAUCUCCCAUAAACCUGCCUUUCCAGCACACACGAAGCGACGUCCCUCUCAACUACAACUUCCUUCGUCAUUCAAAGGUAGUGUGCAAUGGUGAAGCCACGUGCUUCAAGGAGGAAGUCUUCUAGUGUGUCAUGUAGUGAUGAUGUUAGAGCACAAAAUAUUAGGGAAGAGGUUGAGGUUGAUGUUGACAAUGAUAGUGAGGGGGGCACAAAAUCUGAUAGUGAUGAUAGCGUUAUGAAUAUUAGGUUUGAUAACAGUGAUGAGGACGAUAUGGACGAUGACUUGUUCUUGCAAUACACAGAUGGUGGAAUUGAGAGUGACCCAAGUGGGCAGCCAUCAAAUGAAGACUUAUAUUUGAGGCCCAAUAAUGAUGCAGCCUUUAGUGACGCAGAAUAUGAAUCAGACUCGCUUCGAAGUUAUGAUGGUUCUACAGAAGAAGAGGAUGAAGGGGUCCCAAGAGAAGUCAAUCCUUUGUUCAAGUCAGUGAAGCACAUGGACAAAUUCAAGUGGCAUCCGGGAAUUAGAUUUCCAUCCAGAGAUAUCUUUAAGGAUGCAGUCGCGACGUAUGCAAUUCAAGGUGGAUGGCAGCUAAAGUGGUUGAAGUUUGACAAUGUUAGAGCUAGGGUUGCUUGUGUUGAUGGCUGUAAAUUCUUGUUAUUUUGUUCAAAGCUUCGAGGGGUGGAUACCUGGGAGCUUAAGACUGUUGUGGGUGAACAUGUAUGUGAGCGGACUAAUGAAAAUAAGAUGUUGAACUCUAAAUGGCUUGCUAAUAGGUUGGUGGACAAGAUGAGAAGAAACCCAAAGAUGAAGUUAGUAGAGAUUAUACAAAAGGUGAGAGACAAAUACACAAUUGAAAUUAGCAAGACAGUGGCUUCAAGAGCAAGGAAGAAAGCUUUGGAGGUAGUACAUGGGAGUUAUUCAGAACAAUACAAGAGGCUUCAUGACUUUUGUGCAGAGAUUUUGAGGUCUAAUCCUGGCAGUACAUGUGGGUUGAUAAUUGAUAGGCCACCUGAGUAUGCAAUGGAGUUGGAGAGUCCUACACCAUCUAGAAAUAUCCUUCCAAAAUUUGAUAGGUUGUACAUGUGUCUGGAUGGAUGUAAGAAAGCAUUCUUGGUAGCAUGCAGACCAAUAGUGGGUCUAGAUGGUUGUUUUUUAAAAGGAAUGUAUGGUGGCCAACUUUUAGCAGCAAUUGGGAGAGAUCCUAAUGAUGGGAUGCUUCCAAUUGCAAUAGCCGUUGUGAGAGUGGAGAACACUGAGACAUGGGACUGGUUUAUUAAGAUGUUGUUGGAAGAUAUAGGCUCCAAAGGAAGGCUUACAUUCAUCAGUGAUAGGCAAAAGGGUCUGGUGCAUGUUUUGGAAGCAUUGGAAGGACAACAUGACCACAGAUUUUGUGUACGCCAUAUGUACAAUAACAUUUCUAAGAGGUUUCCUGGAUUACAGUUGAAAGAGCUCAUGUGGAAAGCAGCCAGAGCCACUUACAGAGAAGCAUGGGAGAGAGAAAUGCAAGAAAUUGAGAGGUUGAAUCCUAUGGCACAUGCUGAAUUGAAUGCAAUCGACCCUAGAUUGUGGUGUAAGUCUCACUUUAGUGGAUAUGCAAAAUGUGAUACAUUAUUGAACAACAUGUCAGAAACAUUCAAUUCCACUAUUUUGCAAUUUAGAGAGAAGCCUAUAGCUACGAUGCUCGAUGAGAUAAAAGGAUAUUUCAUGACACGAUGGGCGGAGAAUAGGAUCAAGAUCAAUAGGUACCAAGGAACUAUCCUUCCAAAGAUAAAGAAGAGACUAGAAAUUGAGCAUAAAGAAUCUGGUAAAUGGCUGCCAAAAUGGGCUGGAGAUUUGAAAUUUGAAGUGUUAUGCAUGCAGGAGAAAUUUGUGGUAGACUUGGAUGUGUUGUAUUGCAGCUGCAGAAAAUGGGAAUUAACUGGAAUACCUUGCAGGCACGCAGUGAGUUGCAUAUAUAGUAGAAGAAGGAAACUUGAGGAGUUUGUGCCUCAAUGUUUCAAAAGAGAAGCAUAUAAUGAGUGUUACUCUUUCAUCAUAUAUCCAACUGAAGGACCAGAUAGAUGGCCUAAAACAACCCAUGAUGACAUUCUACCACCUACAUGUCAAAAGACAAUGGACCAGAUAGAUGGCCUAAAACAACCCAUGAUGACAUUCUACCACCCAUAA